AUGUCUAAUGAGGUCUACUUGCAAGUGAAAGAUGAGAUCGAACGCCUUUUCAAUGCUGGGUUUUUACGAACGGCUAGGUAUGUUACUUGGCUUUCUAAUGUCGUACCAGUCCUUACGAAGAAUGGCAAGAUCAGGGUCUGUGUGGACUUCAAAAAUCUGAAUUUGGCUUCCCCAAAGAACGAGUAUCCAAUGCUAGUUGCAGUUCUUUUGGUAGAUGGGGCCUCUGGUCAUAGGGUUUUGUCCUUUAUGGAUGGUCAUUUCGGAUAUAAUCAGAUCUUCAUUGAUGAGGCCGAUAUGGCUAAGACUGCUUUUAGAUGUCCCGGAGCUUUGGGAACCUUCAAGUGGGUCGUGAUGCCCUUCAGCCUAAAGAAUGCUGGUGCUUCAUUUCAACGAGCAAUGAAUGCUAUUUUUCAUGACUUUAUUGGCCGUUUCAUGGAGAUCUACAUCGAUGAAAUAGUGGUCAAAUCUCAGUCCUAUGAAGAACACUUGGAACACUUGAGGAGGUCGUUCUUGAGAAUGCAACAAUUCGACUUGAAGGUGAACCCCUUAAAAUGUGCCUUCAAAGUCUCCGCAGGCAAGUUCCUAGGGUUUUUGGUUCACAAUAGAGGGAUUGAGAUUGAUAAGAAUAAGGCCAAGGCAAUCAUAAAAGCAAAGUCUCCAACUACCAAGAAGGAAUUGCAGAAGCUCUUGGGAUCAUUCAACUUUUUGAGAAGGUUCAUCUCAAAUCUUGCAGGAAAGGAGGCAAGCCAUCAGAAGGCCUUUGACGAGAUCAAAGGCUACUUAGCAAGGGCUCUAGUCCUUAUGCCUCCCAUCAAGAACAAGCCUUUAAAGCUCAACAUUUCAGCUACAGAAAGUUCUAUUGGAUGCCUUUUAGCACAAGACAACGAGCAAGGGAAAGAGCAAGCUGUGUAUUAUUUAAGUAGGCUGUUAACUCCUUGUGAAAGGAGAUAUACUCCUAUUGAAAAGUUGUGCCUUGCUUUGUACUUUGCAGCAAUAAAAUUGAGACACUACAUGCUUCCCGUUGUGGUUUACAUAAUGAGUCUUACAGACCUUAUUAAGUACCUGCUUUCUCGGCCAAUCAUGCGAGGCCGAACAGGCAAAUGGUCUCUGGCUUUAAUGGAGUUCAGUUUUCAAUAUGUCCCUCAAAAGGCUGUAAAGGGCCAGGCCUUAGCAGAUUUUCUUGCUGAUCAUCCUUGCGUGGAUAUCGGCAAAGAAUCUGAUAUAGGGUUGAGCACAUUUGAAAUCUCACUCACUCAUUGGACUCUUCUCUUUGAUGGAUCAAAAACUCAAAUGAAAAGACUACUCCCUUCUGUAAGGAGAAGAGGUUUAGGCCUAGAGGUAUUUGUCUCAGACCUUCCAGUUGAAGAAGAAAAGGAAGGUAAGGAGGAUUGGCGGGAUCCUAUCAUUGCUUACCUAAAACGGCCACAUUUGGGAGCUAGUAGGAAGGUUAGGAGAAGAGCAUUGAGUUAUGUUCUUCUUGGGGAUGAGUUAUACAAGAAAGGUCUCGAAGAUGAUUUGUUAUUAAGAUGCUUAUGCCAUACCGAGGCCAUGAAGUUAAUGGCAGAAGUCCACAAAGGGAUUUGUGGAGCACAUCAGUCCGGUAUAAAGAUGAGGCUGGGCUUUGGAUAUAAUUGGGAUGAUUUACCCCCCUUCAUCGUAACAGCACCGGUUCAUUUUGGUAGCCACGGGUGGGCAGAUGCCUUUCCAUUGAAAUCUGUGGAUCAACAGGAUGUGAUCAAAGUUAUGAAGGAAAAGAUUAUUCAUAGGUUUGGAAUACCGGAGCAUUUUGUGGCGGACAGAGGCUUAGUGUUCUUUGGAGCACAAGUUCGGGCCUUUGCAAGCCAAUUCAAUAUACAACUCUCUCAUUCAACACCUUAUUAUGCACAAGGGAAUAGUCAGGCUGAAUCAACCAAUAAGACCUUGAUUGGGAUUGUUGAGAAAAUGAUAGAAGAAAAUCCAAGGGUUUGGCAUAAGCUCCUCUCUGAUGCAUUAUGGGCUUACAGAACUUCAAAGAAAGAGGCUACAAAUGUUACUCCGUACAUGCUGGUAUAUGGCCAUGACCCCGUACUUCCUAUGGAUGUGACGGUUAGAUCGGCCAGAAUUGUUUCCCAGAAUGACUUAAGUCCCGCUGAUUAUAGCCAAGCUAUGUUGAUGGAGAUGGAAGACCUUGAUGAGAUGAGGUAUGGAAAGUGGUCCCCAACGUGGGAAAGGCCCUAUCAAAUUUGCAAGGUGUUCGAAGGUGAUGUUUAUCUUUUAAUGGGUUUAGAUGGUGGAAUGCAUAAACAUACUAUCAAUGGAAAGUUUUUAAAACAUCAUUAUCCUACGAUGUGGGAAAUGAGAGAUUUUAAUGAAAAGCUACCAUCAAAGCCAUAG